AUGAGAGAGGAAAAGGAAGGGGAGAAGGAGGAGGAAGAGAAAGUGUCGAAGGAGGGAAGGAGGAGGUGCAUCCAGCUAAGAUUCUGCUGGUUGUCUUGCAUGUACUUACCUGGCCGGGGUCAAUUGAAAGGUCCAUGGCCUAGGUUAGUGACACUCAUUGUACUUACGAUGGAUGCUGGCUUAAGGUCUGUCCUGGUUGGGAGAGCCUACGUCAUAAUUUGUGAUAGAUGGCAUGCGUUAGUGAUCCUAUUCGGCCAAAGUUGGUCAAAUAUACUCGAAAAUCGGUAG